AUGGGAAAUGAUCCUAAUUUAUCGUCUGAUAACUGCUCUGAAAAGGUUGUCAAAGAUCACAAUUCCUUUAACCUACAAACUAACCCAAAAUUCAUCAAGGACAGAUUAGAACUUUUCAAUGCUCUAUACCAGAAACAACAACAAAAAUUAAAAGAGCGUGAGAAUUUGGAUAUUUCGUUGGUACUAGUUACAGAUGAUGGAGAAGUAUCAGUGUCUGGAAAGUCAUUCCUUACAACCCCUUACAAUGUUCUAUACUCACUUGACAAGAAAAGAGCAAAGAAAGCAGUAGUAGCAAAGGUGUUGUAUGAAAAUAGACCAUCUGAGGUUUUUGCAGAUGUGGAUGAGGAUAACUCAGAUAAGUCAGCUUCAGAAUGGGUACUUUGGGACAUGCACAGACCAUUUGAAGACUCGUGUAAAGUUGAAUUUCUAGAUUUCAACUCGGAACAAGGACAACAUGUGUACUGGCAUUCAUCAGCCCACAUCCUAGGAAGUGCAUUGGAAACUUGUUUUGGUGGGUUCUUGACAAUAGGACCAGCAUUAUCGUCAGGGUUCUACUAUGAUGUAUAUCUAGGAAACAAUAGUGUAAAACCUGAAGAUGUAAAGCCAUUAUUAAGCCAUGUCGAAGCAUUGACUAAUUUAAAUAGUCCAUUUGAGAGAUUGGUGUGUACUAAAGAAGAGGCACUGGAACUUAUGAAGUAUAACCCAUUCAAGGUUCAGCUUAUUAAGAACAAGGUCCCAGAUGGGGAAAACACAGUGUGCUACAGAUGUGGAGAUUUUGUGGACCUUUGCAGAGGACCUCACAUACCAACAACUUCAAUGGUCAGAGCAAACUCAUUUGAUGUCACAAAGAUCUCCUCAUCAUACUGGCUCUCAAAUGCAAAGUCUGAUACUCUACAGAGAGUCUACGGCAUAUCAUUCCCAGAAAAGGAACAGCUGAAAAUGUACAAGAAUAGAAUUGAAGAAGCUAAACAACGAGAUCACAGGACUAUUGGGACUGACUUGAAGCUUUUCUAUUUCGAUACAGUUCACUCUCCAGGUUCAUGUUUCUGGUUACCGAAUGGAGCAAAGAUCUAUAAUAGACUUGUAGAAUUCAUGAGAGACAAUUACAGAGUGAGAGGAUACCAAGAAGUUAUAACUCCAAAUAUCUUUUCGUGUGAUCUCUGGAAACAAUCUGGUCACUACGACAACUACAAGGAGAACAUGUACCUGUUUAAUCUUGAGGACACUGAGUGGGGAAUGAAACCGAUGAACUGUCCAGGGCACUGUCUUAUGUUUAAACAUCUCUUUUUAUCAUAUAAACAGCUACCAUUGAGACUUGCUGACUUUGGAGUUCUACACCGUAAUGAACUUACAGGUUCACUUUCAGGACUCACCAGGGUUAGAAGAUUUCAACAGGAUGAUGCACACAUUUUCUGCACCAGGGAACAAAUCAUGGAUGAAGUGUUAAAUAUCCUAACAUUUAUUGGGAAAGUUUACUCACUUUUCGAUUUCAGAUACGAGUUCAAAUUAUCAACAAAACCAGCAAAAGCUCUAGGUGAGGAUGAAUUGUGGGAAAUUGCAGAAAAAUCUCUGGAAGAAGCCCUGAAUAAAACUGGAACUAAAUGGACAAUGAAUCCUGGAGAUGGAGCAUUUUAUGGACCUAAGAUAGAUGUGGUGUUGUUUGACUGUCUGGAUAGAGAACAUCAGUGUGGAACAAUACAACUGGACUUUAAUCUACCAAUUCGAUUUAAUCUCGAAUACAGAGAUAAAAGUGAGAGUUCUGCUGAGAAUGUUAGAUGUGGUUUCAAUAGACCUGUGAUAAUCCAUAGAGCAAUUUUCGGAUCAAUAGAACGUUUUGUAGCCAUUGUACUUGAACAAACUAAAGGGAAAUUACCAUUUUGGCUCUCACCCAACCAAUUGUUAUUUAUCCCAAUAACUGACAAUCACCUUGAUUACGCACUUGAGUUAUAUGAAAAAUUCAAUGCUCUAGGUUCAAACACUAAUUAUAUAAUAUUAAUAAUGAUAAUAAAUGGUUUAGGUUAUAACGUUGAUGUUGAUAAGUCGAACAACACAAUUAAUAAGAAGAUCAAGUUUGGACAGCAGCAGAGGUGGAACUACAUGGGUAUUGUGGGUGAUCGUGAAGUUGAGACCAGAACAGUUUCCUUGAGACCUAGGGACUCUGAUGAGCAAAACGUAAUUUCUCUGGACGAUCUCGUUAAGUUAUUUGAGUCACAACAAUUGAAAUAUGUUUAA